AUGCAACUUGAAAGAAAAAUGUGGUCGCAAUCAGAAAUGAUUUAUAAACUUUCUGCAACCGUGUCGUUUGAUCGUGAACAGAUUGAUUUUAUUAAGUUGAUAGUCGAAUGCCAUGACCAUGGAAAACCAUCUCUAAUGUCAAGUAAAAUAAUAUACGUUGAAAUUACUGAUAAAAAUGAUCAUAAACCUAUGUUUAAUUCCAGUGAGUUACAAUUAGCAAUAAUGGAAGACAGCGAUCCAAAAAGGAAACAGAUACAUUAUGAAGUUAUAAAACUUUUAGCUACAGAUAAUGAUACUGGGAUAAACGCUAUGAUAAAGUAUUACAUAGUAGAUGACCGUACAAUUGCUAAUCACUUCCACAUUAAUGAAUUAACUGGGCUUAUUCAAUCCAAGGGUAACUUGGAUCGAGAAAUAUGUGAUCGCUAUGAAUUUACUGUUGUUGCACGAGACUGUGGUCUACCAGCUUUAUCGAAUUCAAUCAAUAUUCAAAUUAUCAUACGUGAUUACAAUGAUGAACAGCCUACGUUCGCAAAACAAGUAUAUGAAUUUCAUAUGACUGAAAACAAUCCACCAAAUCAAUAUGUUGGAAGUAUUACUUGUUCAGAUAAUGAUCUAGGCAGUAAUGGGUUAAUUCACUUCGAAAUUGAAUCAAUGCCUUAUAAUAAACACAGUCAUCAUGGUAGCGAGUUGUCGUCAUCUAUAUCUUCAUUGUCGAAAGCAGCGAAUUUAGCAAAUGGAAAUCUAGUUAAUAUAUCAACUAAAUUGCAUUUACCAUUUGAGUUACUUAGUUAUUACGACACACAAAAAGGUAUUUACUUAGUAAAGAUAUAUACGAAGAGUAAAAUUGACCGUGAAAAGUUAAAAGAAAUUUCAGAAAUACGAAAAUCAUCUACAUCCUCAUCUCAAUCCUCGUUGUCAUCUACAUUAUCACACAAAUCUUAUAGAAUGAAAACUAAAACUUCAAAAGUGAUUGAUAAGACAGACAUUGUUGUAUAUAAAUUUUGGAUUGUAGGUGAAGAUCAAGGUCAACCUCAACAACGUGGACGUUCAUUAAUACACAUUAUUGUCGAAGAUGAAAAUGAUAAUGAACCAUAUUUUAUCUUACCAAAACAAGAUCACACUAUUAUUGAACUCUCAUACUUAGAAAUAAUACGAUAUCCGAUUAUUAAAUUACAUGCAAUUGAUAACGACGCAGGUAUAAAUGGCACUGUCAGGUAUGAAAUACAUCAGGUAACACGAGAAGUUAUAAAGAACAAUAACGUUAAUGAUCAAAUGAAAACCAUAAAAGAUUCAUUUGCAAUGAAUCAAUCGGUUAAAAAUUAUGAAUUCUUAAAAAAUUCUUUAUUUUCAUUAAAUCCAUUGAAUGGUUUAUUACGUUUAAACACACAGUUCUCUCUAUCAGAUCUAAACAAAACAAUAAAUAUUCAGAUAAGAGCUUAUGAUUUAGGUAUACCUAUAUCAAAAUAUUCCUACAUAACAAUUCACAUUAAGCCUGUAAACAUCACACCAUCAGAAACAAAAGAUAGUUUUGACUACGAAUUGGAUGAUGAUUACGAUAUGGAUCAUAUGGAAAAUUGGGAAGGUAAUCAUCUUACCUAUUCAAAAUGGAGUAAUCAUAACCGUUUUUCUUUAAAUAAUUACAUAAUCUUGUCUACAGUGGUGGUAUCAAUACUACUAUCAAUUAUUUUAAUGUGUUCUGUAGCUUGUAUUAUUAAAUAUAGAAAACUUAAAAACAAUUCAGUAAUCCACAAUUCAAAAGAUACUAACAAACUCAAUGAAAUCAAAGGAGAUUAUUCUUUCAAUGAGGACGGAUUUCAGAAUAUAAAAAUGAGUCCGAUUAGAACGAAACUUAUGCACGAUGACAAUAUUCAUAAUAUUGAUUCAUUAUUACCCAACUUAAUAAGUGAUAUCCCAAAUAAUUCAAUUACAUCUUGUGACAUUACGCCUACAGUAAAUUAUGCAACAUUACAAUAUAAUACAUCACUUUCACAAUAUGUAAAUAAUUAUUAUGAAACAGCAAAUUCCUCACUUUCUUAUUCCUCAACUACACAAGCUACCGUUCUUCCACAACCUUUAAUUGUACGUUUAGAGCCUAUUUCUACAAAUUUUUUAACUAAUAAUUGUGUACAACCAAUAAGCAUAUUGUAUUCUACAAAUUCUAAAGAACAAAUUAAUUUGAAUCCAGUCAAUCCUUUUACUUCUACAUGUUAUCCAUCCACAUCAAAUACUAAUCGUUCCAGUAAUGAUGAUAAAUUUAUUGAUGUAACUAAUGAAAAGUUUGAAGAUCUACAUGUAGUCUAUGACCAAGCUGUAAGAAAAUUAUCCUAUUUCAAUGAUGAAAAUGUCUUAAAUAAAUAUAAUGAUUAUGAAUGGAGUAGUUUAACUAAGUCUAAAUUACCAGAAUUUCAACAAUUAUGUAUUUAUUCACAACCAUCUAAACGAAAUAGUCUCACAUCGCUUGGUCAAGAUAGUGGAAAUGGUGACAGUCUUGAAACAACAACUAUGUCUUUUAUUCCUAUAACACAAUCGAUUUGGUUAAAUAGUGCAAUGAAUGAUAUUUAUGACAAACAACCAGUCAAUUUAUCUUUAGUUCAUGUAUAUACUCCAUUAUCUAGUGUCAAAGAAAUCGACUGUAGUAACGUAAAUAAUAAUAAUAGUAAUUCCAAUAGCUUAACGAUCACCACCUCUAUAGCUACUACUGCACCUGAGUACACCAUAAAGUAUAUGCAUUGA